GUGGAAUUCUUCUCAACAUUGUAAACAGUUUCAUGGACAUAUAGCCCUAUGGUACAGCAGCAGCUGCUGCUGCAAGUGCUGCUCUUAAAGCAUAUGACAAGGUUACAAAAAUCUUAAUUCACCUUCAGUUAUUCGUUAGCAGACUUCAAUAUUUCCAAAUUUCCGGUUUUUAUACGAAAAGCGAUGGCCAAGUACAAGGUAGUGAUGGUCAGACAUGGCGAAAGUGAAUGGAACCAAAAGAACUUGUUCUGUGGAUGGUAUGAUGCUUCAUUGAGCCCUAAAGGCGAAGAGGAAGCAGCAAACGCUGGUAAAGCAUUGAAACRAGGUAAUUACAAAUUUGACCUGGCCCACACAUCUGUGUUGAAGAGGGCACAAAACACUCUUGGUUCAAUAUUGAAAGAACUUGGCCAAGAAGACAUUCCAAUAUCAAAAACCUGGCGUUUGAAUGAAAGACACUAUGGUGGCCUUACUGGGCUGAACAAAUCUGAAACUGCAGCCAAAUACGGCGAAGAACAGGUUCAAAUAUGGAGACGUAGUUUUGAYACUCCUCCACCUGCCAUGGAUACAGAUCAUGCAUACUAUGACCAAAUCGUAAAUGACCCUCGCUAUAAAGAUGAACCUUCAAAGGAGGAGUUUCCUAUGUUUGAAUCAUUGAAAUUGACAAUUCAAAGGACAUUGCCCUAUUGGAAUGAUGUUAUUAUUCCUCAAUUGAAAGAAGGAAAACAAAUAUUGAUAGCUGCUCAUGGAAACAGUCUUAGAGGAAUAGUUAAACAUUUAGACAAUUUAACUGAAGACCAAAUCAUGAGUCUUAACUUACCAACUGGUAUACCAUUUGAAUAUGAAUUAGAUGAGAACUUUAAACCUGUAGUUUCAAUGAAGUUUUUGGGUGAUGAGGAGACUGUCAAAAAAGCAAUCGAAGCUGUUGCUGCCCAAGGCAAAGCAAAAUAAUUAUUGAAAAACAAUAAACUGAAACCAACUAAAAUA